AUUAAUCUAUCUAUUCCAGUUCAUUGAAAGUUCGUCUCACUUGGAGCUUUCUUCCCACGAAUCUGUCUUCUCCAUAUCUCCAACGAAAACUUCAGUUUCACCAACUCCUCCUUUCAUCUUCGUCUUUCUAUCCCAUUCGAUUACCGCUUAAAAGACAUCCCACCCAGUGCUUCUAAUCCAUCGCCACUUUCAUCAACUCCCCUCUCCGUACUUCCAACCUUACCCCAUAAUUCGGUCUUUGAAUUUCUCAACUCACGCCUCGAUCUCCAUUCCCUCCUGAUACUUAUUAAUAAAUCAAGAUUCGAGACUAUAUAUUCAAGAACCCCAGUUUCUGAGCUGAUCGUGCCCCAACAUUCUAUCUUCCCUGAGUUUUUGGAACGGAAUGGAGUCUGAAAACGGGGUUGCUGUGGAGGAAGAGAAGCGUGUCAUUGAGGAAACAAGGGAUGAGAAUCUAAACAAUGAAGAGAACAAGGAUUGUAAUGGUACCGAAGGACAGAGCCAAAAUGAAGCGGCUAAGCCCACAGUUGAAGCUGAAGGCUCCAAAUCUGUAGCUGCUGGAGUUGCAGGCGAAGCCCCUCUAACUUCUUCUGCAAGUAAAACCUCAAAACGUGCUACCAAGGAAACUGGUGUUGCUUCAAAGAACAGCAAAUCUGCAAGAGACAAACCCAAUUUGAAAGGCUCGACUUCGAUGCCUCAAAAACAAAGGCCAACCCAGUCUCAGAGCCUGUCAUUCCCAACCAAAACAACUAGUGGGGCAGCCGUGAAGAAAAGCGUUGAAGAUAAUGAGAUUAGAGCUGAGGCUUCUGUUCGUCCAUCAAUCAAAUCUACAACCCCUGAAUCGAGCUCAAAGGAAGUAAAGACAGAGACUGAAAGUGUUAGCAGGAGAGCUUCUUUGACAUCCAAGCCCAGCUUUAAACGCUCUGUGUUUGGAAGGACUACUGAGGUGAAUGCGGUAGCUAAAAGCCAUACCUCUGAGACAUCCCUCAUCGUGGGUCAGAAUUCAAACGCAGCAAAAACAACUGCAAAGCCAAAUAAAGAGGAGGAUGAUACUAACUCAACAACUUCAAGUGCUACUCCUGGACGGAAAAGCAAUGGGGUUGGAUUUUCCUUCAGGCUGGAAGAACGAGCUGAAAAGCGAAAGGAGUUUUUUUCCAAGUUGGAAGAGAAAAUCCAGGCGCAAGAAGCAGAGAAAACCGACUUGCAAGCGAAAUCAAAGGAAAACCAGGAGGCGGAGAUCAAGCAGCUAAGGAAGACCAUGACUUUCAAAGCCACUCCAAUGCCAAGUUUCUACAAGGAACCCCCUCCAAAAGUCGAACUCAAGAAGAUUCCAACGACCCGAGCAAGAUCUCCAAAGCUGGGACGGCACAAAACUUCUGGGGUGACUAAUCACAAUAACCCAGAUGAAAAAUCUUGUUCCAGCCCACGGGUGAAACACCAGCAGAAUGAGCCAAAGGCCAAGAUAAAGGUUGAUAACGAUGUUAAUCCCAGGAAACCAAACAGGAAGAUCAAAGCUAAGACGCAGCCUCAGGGAUCUGCAAGCAGUAGGAGUAAUGCGAAAAUCAGCCAAAAUGGCAAUGGGGAAUGCCGAGAAGCCGUUGAAUCAGAGGAAAAUAUCGCCCCAACCAGUGCACAGAUCACAGCGACCACGCCAGAGAAUUAACGGUAUGAGGUUACUGUUGGAGUGUAGAUUCGUAUGCCGAACGUAUAUUUUACACACACACUUAGGAUUCUGUGUUCUUUUCCGAUUAUUUUAUUUCAUUAUCAUCAUUGUAGAUAUAAAGAUUGCCUCGUCCUGAAUCUGCUUUGCAUAUAUAUAUAUAUAUAUAUAUAUAUAUAUAUAUAUUUGUCUCUCGCUUUGAUCUGUUGACCUCUGGUGUGUUCUAUUACAAAUUCCUGCUUAAUCCAUCUUCUUAAAUUCCCUUUUUA